AUGCGGACUUUGACUUGGACUUCGUCAGAGUCGAGAGAUUGUUCUUCUCCAUCUGUCGAGAAGAGAGAAGUUCUGGAUUUCGCCUAUUUAGAAGAAGCAAAGAUGUCCUCCCUCGCGGACGACCACCGGGCCUCCGACUCGGUCUCCACGCCCGGCAGCUGUCCCGACAGCUCUUUCGUGGAUGUUGCCGAGCGUUUUUGUGGUGGAUCCUCUCGAGACAUGUCUUCGCCUUGCGGCAAAGAAGCUCUUUCGCUCUGCGACGAAACAACACACGCCGAGAUCGAGCAACCUGGCGAAGAAGGACUGUCUCUCUGUGAGAAGGAAACGAGCUCCGAGGCGGAGAAGCCUGCUUGGCUUGCAUCUGAACAGCCCGACGAGGAAACGUCAUCACCUGCCGAGCGUCUGCGUUCGUGCGAACUUCGCCGCGGGAACUGUCCUCUCCACGGGAAAUUCUUCAGCGAGAGCGAAGUCGCCGCAUGUUCAGCCGAACCAGGUUCCGGUGGCCAGUGCUUGGUGAUGUUCGAGAACUGCGUCUACGACCUUUCGCGUUUCUCUCACCCCGGCGGCGCUCAUUUGCUCCACGGCUUCGCAGGCAAAGACCUGACAACCGCGUUCUACGAGGCAGGCCACUCUGUGCAUGCGCUGAAGCUCCUCGCGUCUCUCUGCGUCGGCAUCGUGGAAGAGAGGGCAGAGCGACACAGACGAGAGGUCGGAGAACGAUGCCUGUGCGACAGAGCAGAAGCCGCGCGCGAGACUCGCCGCAGGCGCUUCCGGAAAGGGGAGGCGGCGCGGCUCGCUGCCUCGGAGGAAGAGGUUGAAGCCAGCCAGUUGACCUCUUAUCACGCAGCCGAAGAACUCAUCCACUUCACGAAGCCUCUCCUUCCCCAGAUCUGGAGGCUCACCAAAGAGGAGUACGAACGACUCAUCGAAACGCCCUGCAUGAAAGAAGGCGUCCUCCGACUCAUGCCCUACUCUUGGAUGGAACCUCUGUCGAAGACGCACUGGUGGAUGAUUCCACUGCUGUGGCUGCCGUUCGUGUGCUGGUGGAUUCGAGAGAACUUAAAAGUCUUCUCCACCACCCUCUGCGUCGCAAGCAUCCUCGUCGGCUUCGCGUCCUGGUCACUGAUCGAGUACCUCAUGCAUCGCUUCCUCUUCCACUUUCCCGAAAGAAAACUCCCCGACCUCCGCGUCGUUCGCAUCAUUCACUUUCUGCUGCAUGCAGUCCACCAUUUCCUGCCGCUCGACCCCCUCAGACUGGUAGUUCCGCCUGCGUUGUUUGUCGCCUUGGCCAGCGGAGUGUACGCCUUCUUGAGCUUGUUUCUCCCGCAAUGGUCAGUGCGCGCAGGAUGGCCGGGGGGGAUGUUGGGGUACAUUGCCUACGACUUGAUUCACUACUCGACGCAUCACGUUGCUGUUCUCGACUGUGUGAGUCACAUUCGAGAAAUGAGGAAGUACCAUAUGCGCCAUCACUACAGACACCCUCUUUUCGGCUUCGGAGUCACCACCAAACUCUGGGAUAGAAUCUUCGGAACUCUCCCGCCAUCCGACGAAGAGACGCGACCGCCAGCAUCCAGACGCGAAGCACGGAAACACUGA